AUGAGCUAUUACGGCAGCAGCACUUCUGGUGGACGAAGCAGUAGGAGAGUCGACUACGGGAGGACAUAUGUGGUGAGGCCAAAGGGAAGGCACCUAGCCACCAUUGUGUGGCUCCAUGGCCUAGGUGACAAUGGUGCUAGCUGGUCCCAGCUCCUGGAUUCUCUUCCUCUACCAAAUAUCAAGUGGAUAUGCCCCACCGCUGCAAGCCGGCCUGUCGCGGCUUUUGGUGGAUUCCCUUGCACUGCAUGGUUUGACGUUGAGGACACAUCUAUAGAUGGCCGUGAUGACAUUGAGGGACUGGAUGCUUCAGCUGCACACAUUGCAAAUCUGCUGUCGUCUGAGCCGUCUGAUGUGAAGCUUGGGAUUGGUGGUUUCAGCAUGGGUGCCGCUGUUGCCCUGCACUCAGCAGCAUGCUAUGCUCAUGGCAAAUUCUCAAGUGGCAUUCCCUAUCCAAUCACACUCAACGCAGUCAUCAGUUUGAGUGGCUGGCUCCCUUGCUCAAGGACCCUGAGGAGCAAGAUGGAGAGUUCACAUAUUGCUGUAAGAAGGGCUGCAUCCAUGCCCAUCCUCCUUGGUCAUGGAAGAGUGGAUGAAGUUGUCGUCUACAGGAAUGGCGAGAGAUCAGCUGAAAUUUUGAGGAACUCAGGAUUCUCAUUUCUGACUUUCAAGCCCUACAACGGGUUGGGCCAUUAUACAAUCCCUGAAGAAAUGGACGAUCUCUGCAAGUGGCUCAGCUCAUCACUUGGCCUCAGCCGAUCUCGCUAA